AUGGCGGAAAACAAAGGAGGAGGAGGCGGAGGCGGCGGCGGCGGCGGUGGCGGGGAGGGGGCUGGAGAGGCCGGGCCGACGGGGGGUGGUCCCGAGCCUGCAGCUGCGGCGUCGGCUGUUGUUGUCACCUCUGCGGCGGCAAUUGCAUCUCAGUCUCCUCCGGCCCCUACCCAGCCCGAGGAAAGGGAAAGCCCAGCCGCGGCGAUCCUGGCUGCGGCAGCGGACAAGGGCCCAGGGGAGGCGGAGGCCGCGGCGCCGGUUGUGUUAAGCGUAGCCUCGAACUCCAUCUCUAUCCCGGCACCUCUGGGUCCCAGCCCUGCUCCCUCCGCUCUGUCCAGCGCCGCGCCGGGCCCGCUCUCGCUCCUAGACACCUGCGCAGUGUGCGCGCAAAGCCUGCAAAGCCGGGAGGCCGAACCGAAGCUGCUGCCUUGCCUUCAUUCCUUUUGCCGCCGCUGCCUGCCGGAGCCCGAACGCCAACUCAGCGUGCCGGUACCCGGCGGUGCCAACGGGGAUAUUCAGCAGGUUGGUGUCAUCAGAUGCCCAAUUUGUCGCCAAGAAUGCAGACAAAUAGAUUUGGUAGAUAACUACUUUGUCAAAGAUACAUCUGAAGCACCAAGCAGCUCUGAUGAGAAAACUGAACAGGUAUGCACCAGUUGUGAUGACAAUUCUAGUGCUGUUGGGUUCUGUGUGGAAUGUGGAGAAUGGCUUUGCAAAACCUGUAUAGAAGCUCAUCAACGUGUAAAAUUUACAAAGGACCAUAUGAUCAGAAAAAAAGAAGAUGUCUCUUCAGAAGCUGUUGGAGCAUCUGGUCAACGUCCUGUUUUUUGUCCUGUGCACAAACAAGAACAGUUAAAACUUUUCUGUGAAACCUGUGACAGGCUGACGUGCAGAGAUUGUCAGUUACUGGAACACAAAGAACAUAGGUAUCAGUUUUUGGAAGAGGCAUUUCAAAAUCAAAAAGGUGUUAUUGAGAAUCUCCUAGCCAAACUCCUUGAAAAGAAGAAUUAUGUUAAUUUUGCAGCUACUCAAGUACAAAAUAGGAUAAAAGAAGUAAAUGAAACUAACAAACGAGUAGAACAGGAAAUCAAAGUGGCUAUUUUUACCCUCAUUAAUGAAAUCAAUAAAAAGGGAAAAUCUCUCUUACAACAGCUUGAGACUGUGACAAAGGAGAGACAGAUGAAGUUAAUACAACAACAGAAUGAUAUCAGUGGUUUAUCAAGACAGGUGAAGCAUGUGAUGACAUUCACUAAUUGGGCCAUUGCAAGUGGCAGCAGCACUGCAUUGCUCUAUAGCAAGCGACUGAUCACUUUCCAGCUGCGACAUAUUUUGAAAGCACGGUGUGAUCCUGUUCCAGCUGCUAAUGGAGCAAUUCGCUUUCAUUGUGAUCCCACAUUUUGGGCAAAGAAUGUAGUCAACCUAGGUAAUCUUGUUAUUGAAAAUAAGCCAACACAAGGUUACACUCCUAAUGUAGUAGUGGGACAAGUUCCUCCAGGAACAAAUCAUAUCAGCAAACCUCCAGGGCAAAUUAAUCUUGCACAGCUUCGGCUCCAGCACAUGCAGCAGCAGGUGUUUGCGCAACAAAAACACCAGCAGUUACAGCAGAUGAGGAUGGGGCAGCCUGCAGGGCAAAUGACGCGCCAGGCAGGUCCACAGAUGCUUCAGCAACAGCCUCCACGGUUGAUAAGUAUGCAGACCAUGCAGAGGGGUAUGAAUUGCGGUGCUUUCCAAGCUCAUCAGAUGAGAAUGGCUCAGAAUGCAGCUCGUCUCCCAGGGAUACCACGCCACAACGGGCCCCAGUAUUCUAUGAUGCAGCCACACUUACAAAGACAAGUAUAUGCUCAUUCAAAUCCAGGACAUGCAGGUCCCUUCCCAGUUGUUUCAGUACAUAACAAUACUAUCAAUCCAACAAGCCCAACAACAGCCACCAUGGCAAAUGCUAAUCGUGGUCCAACAAGCCCAUCCGUAGCAGCAAUAGAGCUUAUUCCAUCAGUAACCAACCCAGAAAAUCUACCUUCCCUGCCAGAUAUUCCUCCCAUACAGCUAGAAGAUGCUGGUUCCAGUAACUUAGAUAAUUUACUAAGUAGAUAUAUCGCAGGGAGCCAUCUACCCCCUCAACCCAUAAGCAGUAUGAAUCCCUCUCCUGGACCCUCAGCACUAUCUCCAGGCUCAUCAGGUUUAUCCAAUUCUCAUACUCCUGUGAGGCCACCCAGUACAUCUAGCACAGGCAGUAGAGGCAGUUGUGGUUCAUCAGGCAGAACUGUGGAGAAGAACAAUAUUAGCUUUAAAUCUGACCAUGUAAAAGUUAAACAAGAGCCUGGCACAGAAGAAGAGGUGUGUGGUUUUUCAGGACCUGUGAAGCAAGAAAAAACAGAAGAUGGCAGGAGAAGUGCCUGCAUGCUUAGCAGUCCUGAGAGCAGUUUGACGCCACCACUUUCUACAAACUUACAUCUGGAAAGUGAAUUAGAAGCACUGGGAAGUAUAGACAACCAUGUAAAAACUGAACCAACAGAAUUGAAUGAAAGCUGUAAACAGUCUGGACAUGGUCUUGUAAAUGGCAAAUCUCCAGUACGUAGCCUCAUGCACCGGUCUGCCAGGGCUGGAGGAGAAGGCAACAAUAAAGAGGAUGACCCAAAUGAAGACUGGUGUGCUGUUUGCCAAAAUGGGGGAGAUCUAUUAUGUUGUGAAAAGUGUCCUAAGGUUUUCCAUCUGACAUGUCAUGUACCUACUCUUCUCAGCUUUCCAAGUGGAGAAUGGAUAUGUACAUUUUGUCGAGAUCUUCUCAAACCUGAGGUAGAAUAUGAUUGCGAUAAUUUGCAGCACACCAAGAAGGGGAAAACUGCACAAGGAUUGAGUCCUAUGGACCAAAGGAAAUGUGAGCGCCUCCUACUUUAUCUAUAUUGCCAUGAGCUGAGUAUUGAAUUCCAAGAGCCAGUUCCAGCCUCGAUACCAAAUUACUAUAAAAUAAUAAAGAAACCCAUGGAUCUAUCUACGGUAAAGAAAAAACUCCAGAAGAAACAUUCACAACAUUAUCAGACACCUGAAGAUUUUGUGGCAGAUGUUCGGCUGAUCUUCAAGAACUGUGAAAGGUUUAAUGAAAUGAUGAAAGUUGUUCAAGUUUAUGCAGAAACACAAGAGAUUAAUUUGAAGGUUGAUUCAGAAGUAGCACAGGCAGGGAAAGCAGUUGCAUUAUACUUUGAAGAUAAACUUACAGAGAUAUACCCAGGCAGGAUCUUCCAGCCUUUACCUGAAUUCGAGCAAGAAGAAGAUGAUGCUGAAAUAACUGAUGAUUCAGAUGAAGAUUUUAUACAGCCACGUAGAAAACGUCUAAAAUCAGAUGAAAGGCCGGUGCAUAUAAAGUAAACUGAUUAAAUGGACCCAUACUAUUGUAAAGAAAAACAUAUUUAAAUGUUCCUGGGAUAUUAUCAUGGCUUUAGUGGCCAUUUUAUUGAUAGUGUUCAGACAGUAUUAGAUUACAAAAAGCAUUUGUACAGAAACAUGCUUGUCUAAGGGGAAAAGCUUUCAACUUCUGUUGUUGCUCUUUUGUGUGUG